AUGUCUAGUCCAAGUCUUACUUUCGAUUCAGCUUGUUCAUCCUCUGUUACUGCUUUGUGGUCAGCAUUUCAUGGCAUUAAAAAUGGAAUCAUUGAUGCAGCUGUAGUUAGUGGAUCGCAGUUAUGCUUCAAUCCUGCUGUUACAUUAGGGUACCUGAAAGAUGGGAUGGUAUCUCCUACAGGAAAUAGUGUACCAUUUGAUGCAGAAACCGAUGGAAUGACUAGAGCUGAAGCAGUUAAUGCUGUAUUUAUCCAGAAAGCUUCUACUGCUAGGAGAGCAUAUGCAACUGUUGUUCACGUAAAGCAUGUUGCAGCUGGAUAUGUUCCAAAAGGUAUAUAUGUCCCUUCUUUUGAGGAAGAAGUUAGCCUUUUUAAAGAAACAUUGAACGAAGCUGGAUUGAAGGCUUCUGAUGUUUCUUACGUUGAAGCACAUGGUACUGGUACUCCUGUUGGAGAUAACGUCGAGCUUAAUGCAGUGGCUGAGGUAUUUUGUAAAGAUAGACAAAAACCCUUUUAUAUUGGCUCAAUCAAAAGCAACAUUGGACAUACAGAAGCUGCUUCAGGUUUGUGUGGGAUUAUAAAAUCAAUCAUAGCUUUUGAAACUGGAAAAAUCCCACCAAACAUCAGAUACAAAACUCCAAACCCCUACUGUGAAAGCUUACUAAGAGGACACUUGCAAGUUGUGACAGAGCCAACGUUAUUGCCUUCUUCAUACAUAGCCGUGAAUUCGUUUGGUUUUGGAGGAUCUUUUGUUAAUGCUAUUUUGAAAAGAAACCCCAAUACAGUUGUUAAUAACUGCCAAACUUCAACUUUACCGAAAUUGGCAUUGUACGCAGCAACUACCGAGGCAGCAGUUACCUUCUUCUUUCAGUUCCUAAAAGAUAAUCCCAAAUUACCUGCUGAAUUUUUCGCUUUGCUGCACAAAUUAUCAUUUACACCAAUUUCAUUAAAACCUUUUAGAGGCUAUGCUUUAAUUGGUGAUACAGAAGAACCGAUCACUGAAGUAAAAGUUGCCUUAAUUGAUCUCCUCAAGUACAUUGAAAUAAAUCCUGAUGGCAUAGUUGGUCACAAGCAGACGGUACUUUCUGCAUAUUGGGUCGGCAAAGCUGUAGAAAGUGCGAACCUUCCAUCUGGUGCAAUGGCAGCUGUUGGUGCUUCUAACAUGAAAUUGCCUAAAUUACGAAUUGAUAAAUUUUCUGGUGAUCUUAGUUCAUGUGGCUUGAAAAAGAACGUGGAAAAUUUUGUAAAUACGCUGAAAGAAGAGAAGGUGUUUGCUAAAUUUGUUCAUGCCUAUGGAUACGCUUUUCACAGCCCCUUUCUUAGGCCAGCUGCAGCAGAACUCAAAAACAGUCUCAAUGAACUCAUUCCCAAUCCUAAACAAAGAACUGGACAGUGGAUAAGUUCUAGUUAUCCAGAAAAAGAAUGGAAUGACGAGGAAUGUAAAAUAGCAGGAGCAGAAUACUUUGUUCAUAAUUGGAUGUCUCCCGUUCUUUUCAACGAUGCUCUAAAAAAAGUUCCUUCGAAUGCAGUCACGAUAGAAAUUGGACCUCAUUUUCUACUGCAAUCUAUACUUAAAAGAGUCAUUGGUGCUGAUGCUUCUUACAUAGGGCUUAUGAAACGAAAUGAGGAAAAUAACGUAAUAUUCUUAAUGCAGUCACUGGGAAGGCUUUACGCUGAUGGACUGAAUCCUAAAAUUGAGAAACUAUACCCAGCAGUAAAAAUCCCUAUUCCAAGAGGUAUACCAAUGAUUUCUGAUGUCAUAAAAUGGAACUAUUCUCAGAAAUGGUACGUACCUAAGUGGAUUGCUGCUACAAGUGAAUAUUCACACAGUUUUGACCUUGAAGGCACAGAUAGUUAUCUGAUGGACCAUUGCAUAAAUGGAAAAGUUUUAUUUCCUGCUACAGGUUAUGUAGUCCUUGCAUGGAAAGCACUGGCUGCCAAGAUAAAUCGACCGUUUGGCGAAGUUCCUUUUAUAAUUGAAAACUUCAAGAUUCACAGAACUACUAUGCUUAGCCAAUCGGCUAAAGUAACAUUCCGAGUGACAAUAUUGGAUGCGUCCAGAACUUUUGAGAUAAUUGAAGGGAAUUCCAUUGUUUCAAGUGGUAAAAUUUACCAACCAAAAAGCAUUUCGUUUGAUGAGCCUGAACCCAUUUUCCAGUCGGGAGAUGUUGCUUCUUCGAUAUGUGGAGAAGAUAUUUAUAAUGAGCUGAAAAUAUAUGGUUAUCAGUAUGGACCUAAUUUCAGACAGCUUGUGGACAUGAAUGUUGAGGGAACAAAUGGUCAUGUUUCUUGGAAAGAAAACUGGAUAACUUUUCUUGAUGCACAUCUUUUAUUUUUUGGAUUUGUCAAUGAGCAAAGGCAUCACACCGUACUUCACCAGUUCCAAAGUAGUCCUAAAGAAAUCCCUGUUUGUAAUUCAAAUCAGAAUCUCGCUGUUACUAGUGACCAGAAUGUAGUUCAGCCAUUAGCUACGUCUCAGGAACAGUUUUGCCUUGCAGGACAAAUGAAUGAUUCCAAUUCAAUUUUGCUCUCUACAGCCAUUGUUAGAGUUAAGAAUAGUCAAGGACAAUAUCUAGCUCAAGAUGAAAUCAAGCAAUUUCCAGAGGCAUCUAAAGUUGCUCUAGAGGACUUCUAUGUAGAUGAUCUUCUAACAGGAACAAAUUCGAAAGAGGACGCCAAGAAAUUAGUAAGUCAAGUAAUCGAACUCAUGAAGAAAGGAGGUUUCCCGAUUCGAAAAUGGGCGUCCAAUGAAUCAUCUGUGCUGGAAUCAUUUCCACCUAAAUUACGAACCUGGCAACAUGUGAAGAGUCAAGAAAAUCCUGCCGAUUGUGCUUCACGAGGUAUUGCAGCUUCCAAGCUAAAAGUUCAUAAACUGUGGUGGUCAGGGCCAGAGUGGCUAAGUCAGGAUUCUUUACACUUUCCAUUAAUUGAUUUGUCGACUUCCUCUGAAGAAGACGUGAAAUGUGAGAAGUCAUCCACCGUUCUUACUAAUGUCUCAACAUCAAGUCAAGGCAGCUAUUUUUUGGAAAUCAUAGCUAGGUAUUCAUCAUUCUCACGUUUAAUCCGAGUCAUAGCUUGGUGUAAAAGAUUCAUCAAAAAUUGCAGAUCAUCUAGAGUUACUGGUGUGCUAACAUCAGAAGAGGUAGAUGAUGCUACCAAGAUUGUUAUUCAAACUGUACAAGAAUCACAGUUUCAUUCCGAAAUUCAACUCUUAAAGAAGAGACAUGCUCUUCCCAACAGCAGCAAGCUUCUGCCUCUAGGAAUUUUUCUAGACACAGAUGGAAUAAUCAAAGUUAGAGGAAGAUUAAAAGAUUCGAGCCUAAGUCCAAUUCAAAAACACCCAAUCCUCCUUCCUAAGAGCCAUCACCUCACUAAUCUGGUCAUUCAGUAUUUUCAUCAUAUCAAUUUGCACAGUGGACCUCAACUUACCUUAUGCUGCAUUCGACAGAAAUUCUGGAUUCCUUCUGGCAGAGGAGUAGUCGGAAGACUUUUAUCCAAGUGCCAAACCUGCUUUCGCUUCAGAGCUAAAUCGGGUGAGCAGCUCAUGGGCAAUUUGCCUGCAAAUAGGUUCAGUUCUGGCAGAGCAUUUUUAAACGUUGGCAUCGACUUUGGAGGACCAUUCAUCACCAAACCCAACAUUCCUCGGACCAAAGUAAAAUUAAAAUCCUACCUUGCACUCUUCAUUUGCAUGGCAACAAAGGCUGUGCUCCUUGAGGUUGUUUCGGACCUCUCAACAGAAGCCUUUUUGGCAGCAUUCCGGCGCUUCAUAUCCAGACGAGGAAAACCAACCAACAUGUUUUCCGAUAAUGCAACUAACUUCAAAGGAGCCUCUUCAUAUUUAAAAGAACAGUUCAAGCUAAUCAAAUCUGUUGAAGUGCAGAACUUUGUAACUCAAGAAUCCAUUACAUGGCACUUCAUACCUCCCACGGCACCUCACGUCGGCGGACUCUGGGAAGCUGGCAUCAAAUCGACCAAGCAACUUCUAAUUAAAACAAUGAAAUCAGCUGUUCUGAACUUUGAAGAGCUUGUGACAUUGGUAACGCAGAUUGAAGCAUGCUUAAACUCAAGGCCUCUAACUCCUCUGUCUAAUGACCCUCAAGACUUGCAACCUUUUACGCCAGGACAUUUCUUGAUUGAUGCUUCAAUGGCUUCUUUUCCAGAAGGGAUCCCUUCACAACCAGCGAUGGAAUUUAAUUCAACAUCUCCGAGGUCUGUUCUGGAAGAGAUGGCACCUGGAGUACCUAAAUCAAUUACAACAAAGACCCAAGUGGCAGAAACCAAGACGAAAUCUGAGAGUCAACGAUUUGGUCCUUGUGAAGGAGGACAAUCUCCCACCUCUGCAAUGGAGCCUAGGCAGAGUUGUUCAAAUGCUUUGGAAUUUGAUGAAUCUUUAUUGGGGUUUGAACUAUCAGGAAGAAAUGGUUUUGGCAAAAGAGUAGCUGGAGUUAGUUGCUCCAGAGGCAUAGCUACAGCAACUACUCUUCACCCUCAACUAACUUUUGAAGUUCCUGAUCAUUGGACUUUGGAGGAAGCUGCAACGGUGCCAGUUGUUUAUGCUACAUGUUUCUAUGCCUUGCUUAUCCGUGCAGAACUUCAACGAGGAGAAAGCAUUUUAAUACACUCAGGAGCUGGUGGUAUUGGAUUAGCUGCAAUCAACAUUGCAUUAAGCUUGCAUUGUGAAGUAUUUGUAACUGUGGGUAAUGAGCAAAAGAAAAAAUAUCUCCAACAAAUGUUUCCUGAAAUAAAGCCACAAAAUAUGGGUUGUUCAAGAAAUACAGAAUUUAAAGAUUUGAUAAUGCAAAAUACAAGAGGAAAAGGUGUGAAUGUGGUUUUGAAUUCUCUUGCUGAUGAAAAAUUCCGAGCUAGUAUCCACUGUGUUGCUAAGCAUGGAAGAUUUAUUGAGAUUGGAAAAUAUGACUUAGCUUUGGAUCAUUCACUUGGUCUUAAAUUUUUUUUGAAAAAUAUUUCCUUUCAUGGAGUCUCUCUGGAUCAGUUGUUUGACAACGAAAAGUCCUCAAAAAAUACAUUACAUCAAAUUUCACUAUUAAUCAAAGAUGGUAUAAAAAAUGGUGUUGUAAAGCCUUUAAAAAGAACUGUUUUUGAGAAAAAUGAAGUUGAAGAUGCAUUUAGAUACAUGGCUAGUGGAAAACAUAUUGGUAAAGUACUUCUAAAGAUCCGUAGUGAAGAACAAGAAAAAUACUCCAUGCCGAAGAAUUUAAAACUUCUAGCAACCCCAAUGACAUAUUUUUACUGCCAUAAAGUUUAUAUUAUAAUUGGUGGUCUUGGUGGUUUUGGUAUCGAGCUUACUAAGUGGCUUACAAGGAGAGGAGCCAGAAAUAUCAUACUCACGUCAAGGUAUGGAGCAAGAACAUCUUAUCACAAAUUAUGCCUCAAACGGUGGAAGAAUAAAGGCUUUAAUGUAUCUGUCUCCACUUUGAAUGCAUCUGUAAAGGAAGAGGCAAAAUUGCUGUUACAAGAAGCAGUAAAAAUGGGACCAAUUGCUGGAAUUUUCAAUUUGGCUAUGGUUCUAAAAGAUGGUUUUCUGCAAACACAGACGACAGAUGACUUUAAAAAAGUUUGUUUACCAAAGGCUGUUACAACUCGUAACUUGGAUGAAUUGUCGAGGAGUAUGUGUCCUUCUCUUGACUAUUUUGUUUGCUUUUCAUCAAUUGUCAGUGGGAAAGGAAAUGCUGGACAAACAAACUAUGGUUUUGCAAAUUCAGUUAUGGAAAGAAUUUGUGAACACAGGAAGAGAUCAGGACUGCAUGGCCUAGCAAUUCAUUGGGGCAUUAUUGGAGAAAUUGGUAUUGUGCCCAGAGAAAUAGGGGAGGAUGCCAUUAUUGCAGGUGUGUGUGCUCAAAGUGUGAAAUCGUGUUUAGAUACAUUGGACAUAUUUUGUCAGCUUGAUCAUCCUGUCUUGUGUAGCUAUGUAAUAGCUGAUUCUUCAAGGGUAGAAAAGACUGAAGUUGAUACCUUGCAUCAGUUAGCUAAGAUAUUUGGUUUGAGUGAUCCAACCGAAUUCAAUUCUUAUCGUACUUUACUGGAAAUGGGUCUUGGCUCUAUGAUUGGAGUUGAAGUGAAGCACCUUUUAGAAACUGUGCAUGAUAUUUCCCUUACAAUUCAAGAAAUUCAAGAGUUAAAAAUUAAUGAUAUAAAACUGAUCAUUGAAAAUGCUGAAAGCAAGAGCGCAAAAAAUGAUGAAAAAGCAGAUGGCAACGCUAAAGCUUAAAACGUACGUCGUUGUGUCAGAGAUUUCACUCAAAAAUUUUGUUGAAUAACUAUUGAAAACUAUUCAUAACGUGAACUUGCUUGGGUUGCGUAACACCUGAUAGUGAUCUUUUUCUCUUACAUUACCAAUGUAUUCCAACUUUAGAUUUCUGUAAGGAAGAUUAUUUUUCCGAUAAAGCAUAUUUUAAAAUCUCUAUGAAACUUGUUAUAUAAAAACUCUGUAUUAAAUGUUCUGAAAAGUUUCGGGGCUUUUUCAAGCUCAAAAAGGCUGUAAGGUUACGGAAAACUUGGAUUUGAAGUAAAAUCUCCGCAAAACAAUCUUGAUUUUUUUUUUUUUUUUUCAAAACAACUAAACUAAAAUCACCCAUCUUUUUUUUCCUACAUAGCAAGAGAAUAAUUUAAAUAUAUUAAACAAAAUUUUUUUUGAUGCAGAUAUUAGUUGGUACUCCAGAGAUAUGACUUGUUAAAUCUCCGAAUUGAAAACGCAUAAAAACUAUCUUUAGAUAAUAAGUGGCAACACUCCACUAUUCAAAGAGUACUUUCUGUUGUUUAUGCUGAAAGAAAAAAGUAUUUGCUUGAAAUUAAUAGCUAAUUCAGCUAAAUUGGUUGUAAAAUAAAGAAAAUAUGGAGAUUUUUCUAAAUUCAUACCGAAAAGGUGCCUUUGAAAAGUGAUCAAAAAUUGAAAAUUUCAAAAAAAAAAAUCUCCAAAGCGUAAUUUUUAUUCAAAAAAUCUAAAAAACUAAUUUGAGUUUCAUGGACAUCUAUUCUUGAGAAAAAAAAAAAAAAAGGACACAAUCUGAGACAUGGCGGCACAUGGCAAAAGGUGAUUUGACGUGAAAUGAUUCUACUGCGAACAAUAUAAUUAUGAUGUAAUAAAAAAAUAAAUAAAAAAAUCAGAGACAUUUUAAAAAAUUAAAAAUAGUUUUUUUAAAUCAAAUAAUUGUGUUACUUAUUUUUAUAAUUAUUAAGUGAAUACAAUUUAAUUAACAAUUUAACCAUGCCUUUGUCAUUAUGACUAAUCUUAUAAAUUAUUAAACUUAAGUUGGAUGUUUAAAAAUUAAUUUUUAUUUCUAUAAUAUUAUUAAAAAUUUCUUAGUUUUGAUCAUAUCAAAAAAGGAAAGAAAAGUAAAUCAUUAUUUUUUAAAAAGCAUAUACUUGUCUCCAAAAGAUUGACAAUUUUUGUUUAAAAAGUAUUUAUAUUAAACACUUGAUCUAAGUGGAAAGUAACUGCCUUCCUUGUUUACAUGUUUAUAAGGUGAAAUAAAUUACAAAAUAAAUAAGUUGUAAAACUUAGAGUAUUAAAAACAAAUACAGGGUGCGGCCAAAAAAAAAAAAAAAAAAUCGGACGAAGUGUGCAUCAUCGAAUGGAAGUAGUAAACUAAUUUCUUUUUAUUAGUUUCUUUAUUUAUUUUUGUAUCUUACUUUAUUAGAAAAUAAUAUGCGAUAUAUCUCCUAGCUUAUGCAUUGUUUUUCGGUUUUCUUACAAUUUUAUUCAAAAGACGAGCUAUUUUAAAGUUGUUUAACCAAGGAGAACGACAUUUCAUUUUCUUGUUGUGCGUCGGCAAACAGUAUUUGAUGCAGUAUGCCAAUUCAAGUGGCAUUGAAAUUAUUGCCGACGUACAGAAAGUGUACAAAAAUGAACAGUGAA